UUAUCAUUCUAUCCGUUUGCGGUGAAAUUAUCAAUUCCCAUCCCCUUCAGUGCGGAGAGUUGCUUUUCACAUUCCGGGAGACUUGUCGAGAAUCGCUUGGUCCAUUCCUUUAGUCCUCCGUCAACGACUGUGUCUGUCAGAGAUUAACGCUCUCUUGUUUUCAGAACUCUCUUUUUCUAGUCAUCGAAGAUUGGAACACUCUACUACUACCCAUCCACUCUCCACACGCCCUUUAAAAAAAAUAAUCCAAAACCCCCCCUCUCAAAUCUAAUCUCAUGCAAUGAAAUCGUCAUCAUCACCAACGGAUUCAAGACCAAAAUUAACACCUCUGCAGGUGUACGAAUCCACUUCUACCUCAAGAAGAUCUCCAAGAUUAGCUCCACCAAACAACAAUGUACCUUCAAAACCCCCCAAAUCUAGCAAACCCAAAACAACUCACAUUUCCCUCAGACGAUCUCCGAGGCUUGAACCCGCACCUGCUACUGUCCAAAGCGUUUCGAGGAAAAAACACAUCCGAAACGUUUCUAAAACGAAAUGCUCUGCUCGAAACGUUUCUGUUGACCUCAAAAUCCCGUCGAGGUCCUCAAGGGCGGGGAAUUCGCGCAUGCAAAAUGUUGCCGCCAACCGAACAGUUUUGGUGGAUUCUUCAGCUUUGAGGCGGUCGCCGAGGCUGUCAAGUGUGGACAUGGAGAUUGUUGUUAGUGAACGAAACGCUCCAGGUGUUUUGGCGGAUACAGCGCGCUUGAGGAGGUCCCCGAGGCUGGCAAAUGGGUACGCGGAGGUUGCGGUCGGUAAAGUGAGGACUUUCUUGAAGAGAAAGAGAGUGUCCGACGAGAUGUCAAGGUCACCGAGAAAUCAGAACGGCCGAUUGGACGUACAGUUUGCCUUAGUUCAGAGUGAAAAAUGCUCGCGCUUCAUAGUAAACGAAGAGAAUGAAAGAAAUUGUUUGGAAGUAGAAUGCUCGAGUAAGGAGAUAACAAAGGGGUCACCUGUAGCAUGCGGUUCAGCAAAUGCUAAACUGGGAUGCUGUCAAAAGCGUGGUUGUCAGUCUGUUUUGUUGACAAUUUCUGACUCUGAAGUAGGGGAUUCGGGAGAGUUUGAAGCCAAACCGCUAUUGCUUCCAUGGCAUGAAGACAAUGAGAGGCAAACUGGGAUGGUAAAAUGUGAUGAUGGCUCAAGUGUGUUUGGGGAGGAGCCGUUGAGGAUGUCUCCAAGUUUUGAUUUUGCAAAUGAAAAUGCUGUUAUUAACGAGUCUCCCAUAAAAUCUUGUAAAUGGUCCUCGGCAUUGGAUGGGGAUGGGAAUUUUGAAGUGAUAUCUUGUUCCAGUGGGAUUUUUAAUUCGAAUGAUGUAUGCCCUUCUAAGAGGGUUAAAAUUUGUGAAGAAAACUCUGCUUCAGGAAUGUCUGAUGAAAAGCUCUUGAGACGGUCUCCCAGGACAAACUCUAUUGUUGUGACUGAAAGUAGGGAAAAAAAGUCAGGUAAGAAGCAAUCUCCAAAGAAGAAUUCUGGUAAAGAACGGUCUUUGGAGAAGGCUUCUUCAGGGAAGAAGCAGAAGGAACACAGAGGUAAUUGUUCCCUUAUUGGAGAUCCUAUCCCCCAUGAUGAAGCUCAAGAAAGGUGGUAUUGGCGAUAUGAAAUGAAGAGUAAGAGAACCAAGCAUUCAAGACUCGCUUUAGACGAUGAUGAUGAAGAUAAGGUUGUUUGGAAUGUUGAAUGCCAUUACACUCAGGCUGAUAUUGAAGGUCGCAUCAUUAAUCUUGGAGAUUGUGUCUAUGUAAAGGGUGAAGGAGCAAAAAAUCAUAUUGGUAGUAUCUUAGAGUUUUUCAAGACAACAGACAGGGAAGAUUAUUUUAGGGUCCAAUGGUUUUACAGAGCUGAGGAUACGGUGAUGAAAGAAGCAGCUGAUUUUCAUGACAAUAAGCGGUUAUUUUAUUCCACAGUGAUGAAUGAUAAUCCAAUAGAUUGCAUUAUUUCUACAGUCACUGUUGUACAGAUAUCACCUAGGGUAGAUUUAAAAUUUCAUUCAACACUAGCGUCUGACUUCUACUUUGACAUGGAAUACUGUGUGGAUUAUUCAACAUUUCGAACUUUGCUGACUGAUUGUUCAUUAAAGGGACAUGAGUUAUCACCACUGCCUUUCUGUGAUUCUCGUUCUGCAACUCCCAGUGAUAUUUCAAUGGAAAACAUGUCCACUUGUGGAAGUUACAAAGCAAAGUUGACACUACUAGAUCUUUUCUCUGGUUGUGGUGGAAUGUCAACUGGAUUAUGCCUUGGUGCCAAAGUUUCUUGUGUCGAUCUUGUGACGAGAUGGGCGCUAGACAGUGAUGAGUCUGCAUGUCAAAGCUUGAAGUUAAAUCAUCCGGAGACACAUGUUAGGAAUGAAGCUGCCGAGGAUUUUCUUGAACUAUUGAAGGAAUGGCAAAAGCUAUGCAAACGAUAUGUGGUCAAUGAUGUAGGAAGGACGCAUAAUUCACGGUCAAUGGCAUCAAGUAUGUCAAAACAAAAUAAAAAUUCUUCAAAUGAUGAUGAUAUUGCUCCUGGUGAAUAUGAAGUUGCUAGGCUUGUUGACAUUUGUUAUGGGAAGACUGAUAAGAGAGGAAAGCGUGGGCUGAAAUUUAAGGUGCACUGGAAGGGUUAUAGUACCAGUGAAGAUUCAUGGGAACCAAUUGAAGGCUUAAGUAACUGUGGAGAUUGUAUACGGGAUUUUGUAAGAGAGGGGUUCAAAUCCAAGAUCUUGCCUCUUCCUGGUGAUGCUGAUGUGAUUUGUGGAGGUCCUCCAUGCCAAGGGAUUAGUGGCUAUAAUCGCUAUAGAAAUGUUGAUUCUCCUCUUGCUGAUGAAAGAAAUAUUCAGAUUGUUGUCUUCAUGGACAUAGUGCAGUUCUUAAAACCUAAGUAUGUGCUGAUGGAAAAUGUAGUUGACAUCCUUAGAUUUGACAAGGCUUCGUUUGCUAGAUAUGCUUUAAGCCGAUUGGUGCAUAUGAAAUACCAAGCAAGGCUUGGCACUGUUGCAGCUGGUUGUUAUGGUCUUCCACAAUUUCGGCUGCGUGUUUUCUUGUGGGGAGCUCAUCCCAAGGAGAAACUGCCUCAAUUUCCACUUCCUUCUCAUGAUGUCAUUGUCAGAUAUUGGCCUCCACCUGAGUUUGAGCGGAACACUGUUGCCUAUGAUGAAGAUCAACCUCGUGAUGAUCUAGAAAAAGCCACAGUUCUUCGCGAUGCCAUUUCAGAUCUUCCAGAUGUCACAAGCCAUGAAACCCGUGAGAAAAUGGCAUAUGACAAGCCUCCAGAAACUGACUUUCAACAAUUCAUAAGGUCAACAAGAAACGAGAUGACUGGUUCUGAGCUCAGUGGAACAAGAAUGAUCAAUUUGCUAUAUGACCAUCGUCCUUAUUCAUUAACUGAAGAAGAUUUUGCUCGAGUUUGCCAAAUUCCUAAAAAAAAGGGAGCAAAUUUCAGGGACCUACCUGGUGUGGUUGUAGGAGCUGACAAUGUUGCCCGGCGGGGUCCAAUGAAAGAGCAAAUGCUGUUGCCAUCGGGAAAGCCCCUGGUACCUGAUUUUGCCUUAAAUUUUGAAGGAGGAAAGUCUAGAAGGCCAUAUGCGAGAUUAUGGUGGGAUGAAACAGUGUCGACUGUUGUUACUUUUCCGGAUCUUCACAGCCAGGCAGUGAUGCAUCCAGAGCAAGAUCGAGUUCUCACCAUACGAGAAUGUGCAAGGCUGCAAGGUUUUCCUGAUUAUUAUAGGUUCUACGGGACAGUUAAACAAAGGUAUCGUCAAAUUGGAAAUGCAGUUGCAGUUCCUGUAGGUCGUGCCUUGGGAUUCACGUUGGGGAUGGCAUUUCAAAAACUAAGUGGGGAUGAUCCACUAAUGACAUUACCUCCCAAGUUCUCUCACUCUACUAACCUUCAAUUAGCUAAAUCACUGUUUCAGAAGGCUGAAUAAUAUUUAUUCGCACCGCAACCUUUCGGAAGGCUGAAUAAUAUUUUUUCACACCGCCACCAUGUCAUCUAUCUCAUUACACGCGGCAUUAACGUCGAGUUUUGCUUGCUGGGCUAUUCCUUUUUCCUCAAUCUUUUCUACCGGGAGCGGCAAGCUCGUGUCAUUUUUUCAUUGUAAUUGGAUAUCUGAUUUUUUGCAUAAAGAAACUCAUUGAAUAUCAAUGAGAAAUUUGUAGUUCGGAUUUAUUGUUUCAAUAAAACGCCUGAUGGCAACUGGAAAAAAAGGCGUGUUUGUGUCAAUCUGUGAGUGCUUAUUGAGCCCCAGAUUAUAAACAAUGUUUAUAAGAUAUUCCGUUCAAAGUUGAA